CGUUGCACACUCGCACCCACGUGACCGCCCUCCCCCGCCCGUUUGCACACUCACCGCACACCCGUCUCCCCUCGCGCCGCCCGCCCCAGCCAAUCAGAUCGCUGUUGCCAGGCAGAUUUCAGCCCCUCCCGCCCCGCCGCAUCCGGGCGCUCACCCCCGGCCGGGGGGGGGCGGGGGGCGGGCUCAGCCAAUCACGACCGCGGGCGCGGCCGUAUCCGGGCAGACCAGCGGCGCCGCAGCCAAUCAGAAAAAAGAAGGGGCCGCGCGGGGCGAGCGCGGGGCGCGUCCACUUUCGGUUCGCGCGGGGGGCGCGGGGCACGUGGCGGGACCCCUCCCCUCCCCCCCCCUCCGGGACCCCCCGAGCAGGACGGGACCAGCAGGCCACAGCUGCCAUGGCUGACGAGGAGCUGGGUGCCCGAGGUGGCAGGAAGGGCACUUUGUCGCCCGGCAGUGCCCGGGGCAGUGCCACCGAGUCCAGCACGCUGCUCCAGGAGCUCCGGGGCAACAUCUCCAAAUCCGUGCAGAGCAAGGUGGACUCCAUCCUGCAAGAUGUGCAGAAGUUCUCGGACAGCGACAAACUCUACCUGUACUUGCAGCUGCCCUCGGGGCCCAGCCUGGGCGAGAAGAGCAGCAGCUCCCUGGAGCUGAGCUCGCUGGGCACGGCCGAGCACAUGCACGCCUGCAGCUGGAUCCGCAACCACCUGGAGGAGCACACGGACACCUGCCUGCCCAAGCAGGACGUCUACGACGCCUACAAGCGCUACUGCGACAACCUCGGCUGCCGCCCGCUGAGCACGGCCAAUUUCGGGAAGAUCAUCCGGGAAAUCUUCCCAAAUAUCAAAGCGCGGCGCCUGGGAGGCCGAGGACAAUCCAAGUACUGCUACGGUGGGAUCCGGAGGAAGACCGUGGUCAGCCUUCCUCCCCUGCCCAGCCUGGACCUCAAAGUGACCGAGACCCAGUCGGAGCUGGCCGAGCUGGUGCAGUCCUACAGCAGCGAGGUGAUGGAGGCCGCCUGUGCCCUGACCUGCGACUGGGCCGAGAAGAUCCUCAAGCGCUCCUUCAACAACAUCGUGGAGGUGGCGCAGUUCCUGCUGCAGCAGCACAUCAUCAGCUCCCGCUCCGCCCACGCCGACCUCGUCAUGGCCAUGGUGGUCUCAGAAAACACGGACAAGCCCCCCCAGGACACUCGGCCACCCUCAGCCCCCAAGAAGAACGGCCUGGACCCCUCGGACAGCAGUGACCGGAGCCAGGAGCAGGCCAAGAAGGACGCUGUCCCCAAAGCCAAUGUCCAGCCGCGGCCGGAGAAGAAGAAGCCCCCGGAGCCUCCCCGGCCGGCCAGCAGCCCCCAGGUGAACGCCCUGGUCGCCCGCCUGCCUCUGCUGCUGCCCCGCAUCCCCCCCUCGGAGCGACCCCCGGCCCCCGGCGCCACCCCCGUGCGCUCGUCCCCUCCGGUGCUGGUGCCCAAACUGACCGCGGCGCCGCUGGGCGGCACGGUCAAGGUGGCUCUGCCCCUGCCCGUGGGCACCGCGCUGGCCCCGGGCGCCGCCGGCCCCGCGGGGCUGCUGAGUCCCCCCGCGGCCAUCCCCGUGCUCAACGUGCUGCUGCCCGGCGUGGGGGUCCCCGCGGCCGAGACCCCCGGCAGCGCCCGGGCGGGAGGGGACAGCGAGGGACAGCGCGCCAAGGCCACCAAGCGGCCCCUGGAGGGAGGAGGGGACGGGGCCGCGCACAAGAGGCGGCGAGGGAGGCCCCGGAAGAGGCCGGAGGACGCGGCGGGGUCACCCGAGGACGGGGAUGUCCCCAAGGGGGACGAGGGCGGGGAGUCGCCCCCACGGGGGUCUCCUGCUGGGGGGUCGCCCGGGGGUGGCAGUGCCACUGUGCCGGGUGGGGACAGGGGGGUUGCUGGCAGUGCUGCUGAGGGUGGUGGGGACAGGAUGGAGGUGGACAGUGACACGGUGGCUGGUGGGGACAGGAUGGACGUUGACAGUGACACGGUGGCUGGUGGGGACGGCCCUGUCAGUGGUAGUGCUACUGUCCCCAUUAGGGACAGCAUGGUCAAUGGCAGUGCCACUGUCCCCCCGAGGGACAGUCCAGCUGGGGACAGUGCCACCAUCCCCAUUAGGGACAGCACGGUCAAUGACGGUGCCACCCUCCCUGUUAGGGACAGCACGGUCAAUGACGGUGCCACCGUCCCCGUUAGGGACAGCACAGUCAAUGACAGUGCCACCGUCCCCAUUAGGGACAGCACAGUCAAUGACGGUGCCACCCUCCCCGUUAGGGACAGUCCGGUCAAUGACGGUGCCACCGUCCCCGUUAGGGACAGCACAGUCAAUGACGGUGCCACCAUCCCUGUUAGGGACAGUCUGGUCAGUGGCAGUGCCACCGUUCCCCCGAGGGACAGCACAGUCAAUGACAGUGCCACCCUCCCCAUUAGGGACAGCACGGUCAAUGACGGUGCCACUGUCCUCCCGAGGGACAGCCCAGCUGGGGACAGUGCCACCAUCUCCCUUAGGGACAGCACAGUCAAUGACAGUGCCACCCUCCCCGUUAGGGACAGCACGGUCAAUGACGGUGCCGCUGUCCCCCUUAGGGACAGCCCAGCUGGGGACAGUGCCACCGUCCCUGUUAGGGACAGCACGGUCAGUGACGGUGCCACUGUCCCCCUUAGGGACAGCACGGUCAAUGACGGUGCCACCAUCCCCGUUAGGGACAGCCCGGUCAGUGGCAGUGCCACCAUCUCCCACAGGGACAGCCUGGUCAAUGACGGUGCCACCAUCCCCCACAGGGACAGCCCAGCUGGGGACAGUGCCACCAUUCCCCCGAUGGACAGCACGGUCAGUGACGGUGCCACCAUUCCCCCGAGGGACAGCACGGUCAAUGACAGUGCCACCGUCCCCAUUAGGGACAGCCCGGUCAGUGGCAGUGCCACCAUCUCCCACAGGGACAGCCCAGCUGGGGACAGUGCCACCAUUCCCCCGAGGGACAGCACGGUCAGUGAUGGUGCCACCAUUCCCCCGAGGGACAGCACGGUCAAUGACAGUGCCACCGUCCCCAUUAGGGACAGCCCGGUCAGUGGCAGUGCCACCAUCUCCCACAGGGACAGCCCAGCUGGGGACAGUGCCACCAUUCCCCCGAGGGACAGCACAGUCAAUGACAGUGCCACCAUCCCCAUUAGGGACAGUCCGGUCAAUGAUGGUGCCACUGUCCCCCUGAGGGACAGCCCGGCUGCGGAAAGUGCCACUGUCCCCAUUAGGGACAGCCUGGUCAAUGACAGUGCCACCGUUCCCCCGAGGGACAGCACGGUCAGUGACGGUGCCACUGUCCCCAUUAGGGACAGCACAGUCAAUGACGAUGCCACCAUCCCCCUUAGGGACAGCCCGGCUGGGGACAGUGCCACCAUUCCCCCGAUGGACAGCACGGUCAGUGACGGUGCCACUGUCCCCCCGAGGGACAGCCCAGCUGGGGACAGUGCCACCAUCUCCCUUAGGGACAGCACAGUCAAUGACAGUGCCACCCUCCCCGUUAGGGACAGCACGGUCAAUGACGGUGCCACCGUCCCCUGUAGGGACAGCCUGGUCAGUGGCAGUGCCACCAUCCCCAGUGGUGGCUCUCCAGGUGCUGGCAGUGCCAGUGUCCCUGUCAGGGACAAGCCGGUCACUGUCAGUGCCACCAUCCCUGUGACGGACAAGCCAGACAUUGGCAGUGCCACCAUCGCUGUCAAGGACGGCUCAUCCCGGGGCAGUGACACUGGGGACAGGCCGGUCACUGGCAGUGCCACCGCUGGGGACAGGCCCAUCACUGGCAGUGCCACCAUCAAGGAAAGCUCACCCAGGGCCAGUGUCAUCGAGGACAGGUCCAUCACUGGCAGUGCCACUGUCCCUGUCAGGGACGGCCCCUCCAGGGGCAGUGGCACCACGGGGGACAGGCCGGUCACCAGGAGUGCCACUGGCCCUGUCAGGGACAGCCGAGCUGGUGGCAGUGCCACUGUCCCAGUCAAGGACAACUCACCCAGGGCCAGUGGCACGGGGGACAGGCCGGUCCCUGGCAGUGCCACUGUCCCUGUUAAGGACAGCCCCUCCAGGGGCAGUGGCACCUCUGGGGACAGGCCGGUCACCAGGAGUGCCACCAUUCCCAGCAGGGAGAGCCCGGCUGGUGGCAGUGGCAGUGCCCCGGUCAGGGACAGUCAAUCCAGGGGCAGUGCCACCACUGGGGACAGGCCUGUCACUGGCAGUGCCACCAUCCCUGUCAAGGACAAGCUGGUCACUGGCAGUGCCACUGUCCCUGGUAAGGACAGUCCCUCCAGGGCCAGUGGCACCACUGGGGACAGGCCGGUCACUAGGAGUGCCACUGUCCCCACGGCUGGCGGCAGUGGCACCGUCCCCAUCAAGGACAGUCCAGCCAGGGGCAGUGGCACUGCAGACAGGCCGGUCAGGGGCAGUGGCACCAUCAGGGACAGCCUGGCUGGUGGCAGUGCCACUGUCCCCAUCAAGGACAGUCCAGCCAGGGGCAGUGCCACUGUCCCUAUUAAGGACAGCUCAUCCCGGGGCAGUGGCACUGGGGACAGGCCGGUCACUAGGAGUGCUGGUGGCAGUGGCACUGUCCCUGUCAAGGACAGCCCAUCCCGGGGCAGUGCCACCACUGGGGACAGGCCAGUCAGUGGUGCCACCAUCCCUGUCAAGGACAGCUCAUCCCGGGGCACUGCCACUGUCCCUGUCAAGGAUAGCUCACCCAGGGGAAGUGGCACUGGGGACAGGCCGGUCACUGGCAGUGCCACUGUCCCUGUCAGGGACGGCCCCUCCAGAGCCACUGGGGACAGACCAAUCACUAGGAGUGCCACUGUCCCCACAGCUGGCAGCAGUGGCACCGUCCCUGUCAAGGACAGUCCAGCCAGGGGCAGUGGCACCAUUGGGGACAGGCCGGUCACCAGGAGUGCCACUGGCCCUGUCAGGGACAGCCGAGCUGGUGGCAGUGCCACUGUCCCAGUCAGGGACAAGCUGGUGAGUGGCACUGCCACUGUCCCUGUCAAGGACAGCUCAUCCCGGGGCAGUGGCACUGGGGACAGGCCGGUCACUGGCAGUGCCACUGUCCCUGUCAGGGACGGCCCCUCCAGGGCCAGUGGCACCUCUGGGGACAGGCCGGUCACCAGGAGUGCCACUGUCCCCAUCAGGGCCAGCCCGGCUGGUGGCAGUGGCACUGUCCCAGUCAGGGACAAGCCAGUCACUGGCAGUGCCACCAUCCCUGUUAAGGACAGCACAGCCAGGGGCAGUGGCACCAGUGGGGACAGGCCGGUCACCAGGAGUGCCACUGGCCCUGUCAGGGACAGCCCAGCUGGUGGCAGUGGCACUGUCUCCAUUAAGGACAGCUCAUCAAGGGGCAGUGCCACUGCCCCUGUCAGGGACAAGACAGUCCCUGGCAGUGCCACCAUCCCUGUUAAGGACAGCGCAGCCGGGGACAGUGCCACUGUCCCUAGUAAGGACAGCUCACCCAGGGCCAGUGGCACUGGGGACAGGCCGGUCACUGGCAGUGCCACUGUCCCUGUUAAGGACAGCGCAGCCAGGAGCAGUGCCACCACUGGGGACAGGCUGGUCAGGGGCAGUGGCAGUGUCCCCAUCAGGGACAGGUCACCUAGGACCAGUGCCAGUGGGGACAGGCCAGUCAGGAGCAGUGCCACCACUGGGGACAGGCCAGGCAGGAGCAGUGCCACUGUCCCUGUGAGGGACAGCCCAGCUAGAGACAGUGCCAGCACUGGGGACAGGCCGGGCAGGAGCGGUGCCACCGUCCCUGUCAGGGACAGCUCACCCAGGGCCCCUGCCACUGGGGACAGGCCAGGCAGGGGCAGUGGCACCGUCCCCAUCAGGGACAGGUCACCCAGAGACAGUGGCACUGGGGACAGGCCAGGCAGGGACAGUGCCACCGCUGGGGACAGGCUGGGCAGGGGCAGUGGCACCAGUGGGGACAGGCUGGGCAGGGGCAGUGGCACCGUCCCCAUCAGGGACAGGUCACCCAGAGACAGUGGCAGUGGCGACAGGCCAGGCAGGGACAGUGCCACCGCUGGGGACAGGCCAGGCAGGGGCAGUGGCACCGUCCCCAUCAGGGACAGGUCACCCAGAGACAGUGGCAGUGGGGACAGGCUGGGCAGAGGCAGUGGCACCACUGGGGACAGGCCGGGCAGGGGCAGUGGCACCGUCCCCGUCAGGGACAGGUCACCCAGAGACAGUGGCACUACUGACGACAGGCUGGGCAGGGGCAGUGGCACCAUCAGGGACAGGCCGGGCAGGGGCAGUGGCACCGUCCCCAUCAAGGACAGCUCAGCUGGUGGCAGUGCCGCUGUCCCUAUGAAGGACAGGUCACCCAGGGCCAGUGCCAGUGGGGACAGGCCGGUCAGGGACAGUGCCACCGCUGGGGACAGGCCAGUCCCUGGCAGUGCCACCGUCCCUGUUAAGGACAGCCCAUCCAGGGGCAGUGCCACCGCUGGGGACAGGCUGGUCAGGGGUAGUGCCACCGUCCCCAUCAGGGACAGCUCAUCCAGGAGCAGUGCCACCACUGGGGACAGGCUGGGAGGGAGCAGUGCCACCGUCCCUGUCAGGGACAGCUCAUCCAGGAGCAGUGCCACCGCUGGGGACAGGCCGGGCAGGGCCAGUGCCACCGUCCCUGUCAGGGACAGCUCACCAAGGGCCAGUGGCAGUGGGGACAGGCCGGGCAGGAGCGGUGCCACCAUCCCUGUCAGGGACAGGUCACCCAGGGCCAGUGGCACUGUCCCCAUCAGGGACAGGUCACCCAGGGCCAGUGGCAGUGGGGACAGGCCGGGCAGGAGCAGUGCCACUGUCCCUGUCAGGGACAGCCCAGCUGGGGGCAGUGGCACUGUCCCCAUUAGGGACCGCCCGUCCAGGGGCAGUGGCACUGCCCCCGUUGAGGACAGACCGGUCAGGGGCAGUGGCACUGUCCCCAUUAGGGACAGCCUGUCCAGGGGCAGUGGCAUUGCCCCCGUUGAGGACAGACCGGUCAGGGGCAGUGGCACUGUCAGGGACAUGCCAGUCUCUGGCAGUGCCACCAUCCCUGGCAGGGACAGCUCAGCUGGGGGCAGUGCCACUGUCAGGGACAGGCCGGUCACUGGCACUGCCACCGUCCCUGUUGAGGACAGGCCGGUCAGUGGUGGUGGCACCAUCGGGGACAGGCUGGUCACUCCCAGUGGCACCACUGAGGACAGGCUGGUCACCGACAGUGGCACCGUCCCUGCCAGAGACUGCCCCUCCAGGGACAGUGGCACUUUUGGGGACAGGCCGGUCACUGGGAGUGCCACUGUCCCCGUCAGGGACAGCCUAUCCAGGGGCACUGCCACCAUCGUGGACACGUCAGUCACUGGCAGUGCCACCGUCCCCAUCAGGGACAGCCCCUUCUGGGGCAGUGGCAUCAUUGGGGACAGCCUGGUUGCGGGCAGUGCCACCAUCCCCGUCAGGGACUGCCCAUCCAGGGGCACUGCCACCAUCGUGGACGCGCUGGUCACUCUCAGUGGCACCGUGAUGGACAGGCGGAUCCUGGGCAGUGUCACCGUUCCCGUCAGGGACAGCCCGUCCCUGAGCACUGCCACCAUCGUGGACACGCCCGUCUUUGUCAGUGCCACCGUCCUGGUUGGGGACAGCAUCCCCAGGGUCACUGCCACCAUCAUGGACUCGGCGGUGCCCGGCAGAGCCAUCCUCCCCUUCGGGGACAUGCUGGCAUGUGGCAGUGCCACCAUCUCUGACAGGGACUGGCCAGGCAGGGACAGUGCCACCGUCCCCAUCAGAGUGUGCCCAUCCAGGGACAGUGCCACCGUCUCUGACAGGGACUGGCCAGGCAGGGACAGUGCCACCAUCCCCUUCAGGGACUGCCCAUCCAGGGGCAGUGCCACCGUCCCUGUUGGGGACAGGUCGGUCGGUGGCAGUCCCACCAUCCCUGUCAGGGAGUGUCCAUCCAGGGGCAGUGCCACCCUUGGGGACAGGAUGAGCAGUGGCAGUCCCCCCAUCGUGGACACACCUAUCAGUGGCAGUGCCACCAUCCCUGUCAGGGACUGCCCAUCCCGGGCCAGUGCCACCACGGGGGACAGGCCUGGCAGUGGCAGCACUGGGGACAGGCCUGGCAGUGGCAGUGCCACCGUGCCCGUCAGGGAUAGCCCCUCCAGGCCCAUCACGCCCGCCCGCGUCAGCGUCAUCAGGGAUGGCAGGACGGGCACCACGGUGACACCGGAGGCCCUGGCACAGCGGGGCCACAGCAAGGCCGGGUCCCCCCUUGGGGACCCGCAGGGACAGCCCCGCUCCGGACACCGCGAGGGACACACGAGAGCGGGGACAGGGAUGGGGUCCCAUGCGUCGCACCAGUAAAAACCAGUCACUCCA